AUGGCGAGCCCAAGGAAGAGCAUUGCAUCUAGAUACCUUGAUAAUCUUCCUCAACAGUCAGUACCGCUACAGCCAUCCGCUAAGGUGAACACUCCGCCGUCGUCACCGACGAGGUUAAAGACUUCCAACGUCUUUGUUGAGAGGAGCUCCCCUGCAAAAUUACAAACUGCAAAUGUGUCUAGGCUUGAGGAAUCCAUUGCCGGUCUGAAACUGGACAGUCCUUCUCCGCUGAAGAGAGGCACAGGCAACGAGUUGAGCUCAAAGGCCCAGCCUGCUCCACAGUGGACGUUAUCCAAUAGAUCUAGCCAGAAAGGCUAUGAAUAUCUAUGCAGAAUUUCCGAGGCUAAGAAGUGGAUGGAGGGUGUUAUUGGUGAAGAUAUUCCAUCAGAAGCUGAACUUGCGACAGACGGGUUGAGAGACGGUGUCGUGUUGGCAAAGUUGACUAGACACUUUAGACCUGACCUUGUCAAGAAGAUUGUUCCUGCAGGGAAGUUGCAGUUCAAGCACACUGAGAACAUCAACGUGUUCUUCCAAUUCUUGGACUCGAUUCAAAUGCCUGACUUGUUCAGGUUUGAACUUACUGACCUUUAUGACAAAAAAGAUAUUCCAAAGGUUAUCUUUUGUCUACAUGCGUUGACUUUCAUGAUGUCACAAGAUGCAAACACCCCGGGAAUUGAAAAGCUCAAUGAUAAGUUAAACUUCUCUCAUGAGGAUAUAAAAAAAUCAGAAACAAGCUUGAGAGGUGCCAAAUUGCCAAACUUUGACUCAAUGGUUAAACAAUUCGGAAGGGAAAUCCCACAAAGCCCACGAAAGUCCUCUUCUAUACCGCCAUUGAAGGAAAAAUUGACUCCUGAAGUGCCAACGACUUCUUCUUCUUCUUCUUCCAGAAAGAGUACUUUGCAAAGUCCAUUCUUGGAAUUUGAAGAUACUAGCUCACCACCUCCAUUCCCGGUCACAACUGGAAAAUUGAAAUCUGCCUGGGAGCCACGACAAACAAUCCUGGAACCAAAGAUGAUAGAAGAAACAGUACAGACCCAACUGGUACCUGAAUAUUCUUCUUCAUUUGCUGAUAGCCUUGUGUCAAGUUACGAUGCUUCUCCAAGGAAACAGAAAAAGUUAUCUGACCGUGAGCUUCUGAACAAUAUCAUUCGUUUUCAAUCUAUUUCAAGAGGUUCGAUCUUCCGCUAUAAUAUGUUUAUCGAUAAAAUCAUGUUAAAAUCAGUCGCUGAGAACGUUGUCCAAUUGCAAUCCUUGGUGAGAAGACAUCUAUCACUGAAGAAAUAUCAGACGGAUACGAGGGAUAUUAGUGGUAUGGAGGCUAACGUGACAAAAUUACAAUCCAUAAUUAGAGGUAAAUUACAGAGAUCUGAAAUCAAUGAUGUGCAAUCACAACAGCCAAAUGAUAAAACUGUUGAACUUCAAAGCUUCGCGCGUGGUUAUUUGGCAAGGUCUAAAGUGAAUCGUAUAAAAAACCAACUGUCUUACAAUCUCCCGAAAAUCAUUCAAGUCCAGUGCUGUAUAAGAGCAAAUGCCGUCUUUGAUAGAUCCCAAAAAGCUAUCAAAUCACAAGAGAUUAUCACAAAUUUCCAGGCUCAUAUCCGUCGUCAUCUGCUGUAUAAGAAGCUGCAUAGAUCUGUCAAGGAGGCACAUACGGCUGAGGAUGCAAUUACGAUCAUUCAAUCACAGAUACGUGGAUCAACAGUCAGAUCUAUGUUACACAUUAAAAAGAAAUUGAUCUUAACUGAGUCAAUCCCAAUAUUGGAAUUACAGUCUAUCGCCCGUGCUGGUUUGGUGAGAUCGAAGCUAAACGUGAUUCUAGAUAAUUUGGAUCUUCAAGAGCCUGCUUUGAAUAAGUUUUGCUCUGUUGUUAAGGGGAAACUUGUCAGAUCUCGUAUCAAAGGAAUUAAACGGGAUUUAAAGGCUUCUUCCCAAUCUGUCAUCUUGACCCAGAGUCAGGUUCGUGGUGUUUUAUCCAGAUAUGGCUUGGAGCUGAUUCUUGAUGAUGUUGAUUACUAUCUGGAUGAAGUUGUGGAGUUGCAGUCUCUGAUAAGGAGAUAUCUGUACCAAAAGUCAAAGAAGGAAGAUAUGAUUUAUUAUGAACAACACCUAGAAGAUAUUAUCAAGAUUCAAAGUGUUAUCAGAGGUAAAUACUUGGGUAAUGCUUACAAAUCCCUGAUCUCCAUGCAUAAUCCACCAUUGUCAGUGAUCAGAAAGUUUGCCUAUCUUUUGAAUGAUAAUGAUGUUGAUUUUGAAGAAGAAGUGAAGCUUACCAGACUCAAGGAAUCAAUUAAUGAAAAGACAAGCUCUAAUGAAUUGCUUGAGAAGCAUAUCAGUCAAUUGGAUUUGAAAAUUGCCCUAUUGCAGAAAAAUAAGAUUACUUUGGACGAGCUGUUGCUUCAAAAGAACAAGGACGUUAGAAUUACUGCAUCAGUAUCUACCAUUGAUGUGACCUCUUUGAAUAGAAGGACCAAGAAUAGAAUGGAGUUGUAUGAGAAAUUCUUCUACCUGCUUCAAACUCAACCGCUUUACCUUACAAGACUGAUUCACAGUGAUUAUCGUGGAACUGACUUAGCAUUGAAGGUCUUCCAUGACUUACAAUCCAAAGAUCUUCCAACCAGAGAAGAAUAUCUGUUCAUUCGCUUAGUCGAUAGUCUUUUAAGUGACUUCAUUUCAAAAUCCCAAUCUAUACAUGAUCUUUGGAAGCAUAACACAACAGGGUGGCAGAGGCUACUUCAUACAUUUAAUGAGACUCAAACAGUACCACUAAGGUCAUUGUUUGGUACCAUGGUUGAAAAUGUGUUGAAUGAUGAGGAUCUUGACUUUGAGAGUGAUCCAUUGAUCAUCUACCAGAAAGUUAACAAUACUCCAAAGAUUCUACCUGUUGAUAAGGCUAUUGAAGAUGAAUCCACUAAACAGGCAUUUGUAUACAACUUACAACAGUUAAGGGAGUAUGGAUCUGAGAUUUUCCGUAUUAUCAGUGAUAAUGUGAAAUUGAUACCCAUUCACGUUAGACUUUUGGCAAAAAGCGCUUAUGUUACAUCAGCUAAAAAAUUCCCGCAUCUAUUAGAGCAGGAUCAUCUUGGAAAUGCUGGCUUUGUACUUAUCAACGGAUAUAUUCGUACAAUUUUCGAGUCCUACGAUAAAUUUGGAGUUUCACCUCUCAACAAGGCGACCAGAGCUGAUAAAAAUUUGCAUGGAAUCUGCAAAUUGUUGACACAGAUGUUUGUCAUGAAACCGUUUGGUUCGAGUGAUAUAUAUUUGCAACCCUUGAACAAAUUUAUCAACUCGUCACUUGAAGGUAUUCGUUCCUUAAUCAAAAGUGUCAUCGAUGUCAGUGAGAUCGAUACGGUUUACAAUAUGACUGUGUAUGACGAUAUGACGGCUCACAAAAGACCUAAGUUAACACUAAGAAUUUCGGAUAUGCUCUCCAUGAAUCAGUUGAUCGAUAAGUAUAUUGAUAUUGUUGCACCUUUGUCCGAUGACACUUUGAGGGAGAUUCUUAUUGAGUUGAGAUCAUGCAAUACUGGUGAUAUUACGAGAUUAAAUGGUUAUUAUACCUUGAACUUGAACCCAUCAAGUUAUAGAGCUUCACCCGAUGAUAACAUCACCAAGUCACUUUUGAUGCAAGCCAAAAGAUGUGUAUUGUACCUUGUUCAGGUUCAGGAUGAGUAUAAUGAUUUGUUCAACCUUUUGAAGUCAAAGAUAGAUCCUAUUGAUGAGAUCAAGUUCAAGAGAAUCAUCAACGCUGAGAACAAGGAUAUUGAGCACAACCGCGUGAAUGAUUACACGAACAAUGGUCAAGGUUUCUUGGGAGAUUUGACUAAGAUUUCGUAUCACAAGCUGAAAGAAAUUGCUCUUGAAAGAAUUCUAGAGCUCGAGACUAUGUCCAUUGUGACUAGACGUGAUUCCUUCCAGCUUUUGCUGAAUGAGAUCGCACACGACAUCAGAACCAAGCAUGACCAAAGACUUUCACGUAAGAAACAGUUGAGCAUUGCGCAAAAUACGCUUUCACGCUUGGGAGAGAAGAACAAAUUCUUAGAAGAUCAAUUGAAAGCGUACAACCAUCACAUUGAUAAAUCUAUGGAGGAAUUACAAUCGAAACCAACAAAACCAAAAAGAAUUUUGCCCUUCACUAAACAGUUCUUUUACGAACGUGAAUUGAAGAAAUCUGGGAAACUACCCAAAUUUGGAGCGUACAAAUACUCUUCAAAGAGACUCUAUGAGAAGGGUGUAUUGGUCGAACUUCGUGGUUUGGAUCAAAACUUGAAUUCAUCCGGCUCUUCUUUCUUUGGAAGUAUGAAUUUCCCUAAAGUCGACUUCAUGUUUAGUUGUGAUCGUGCUGGUGAGUUCAACAUCUCUUGUAAAUCGUCGAGUAUUGCAGUCAAUGGUAAUUUGGAAACGUUGACUAUUGAUCAAUUCUUAGAGUAUCAGUUUGAAAACAAAUCCAAGAUUUCAUUAUUCGGAGGAAUGGCCAAAUUUGACACCAAUUGUUUGAUUGAUUUUAUCUUCAAGAAGUUUUACCAUAAUGAAAGUUGA